AUUGGGGCAGCUAAAGGAGUAGCUCAUUUGCACGAAGGGAUUAGCCCGAGCAUAAUCCAUCGUGACAUAAAACCAAGCAACAUUUUGAUAGGAGAGGAAUACGAGGCGAAGGUGUCAGACUUCGGACUCGUUAGGUCAGGUCCCGUCGGGGAUCAAUCUCAUGUUAGUAGUCAAGUCAAAGGGACGCCAGGGUACCUUGAUCCAGCCUAUUGCUCAAGCUUUCAUUUGACUCCGUUUACUGAUGUUUAUAGCUUUGGGGUGAUACUUCUGCAGCUUGUUGCUGCUAGACCUGCAGUUGAGUCAAGCAGGAGUAAUGCUAGUUCUCACAUCAUUGAUUGGGCAAGGCCUAGCAUUGAGAAGGGCAGCAUUGAAGAUAUCUUGGACACUGAUCUUCUGAUACAAGGAUGCAACAUGCAAAUGAUGCUAAAGAUGGGGCAACUUGCUCUAAGAUGUGUAGUCAAAGUGCCCAAGGAAAGGCCUACAAUGACUCAAGUGUGGCAAGAACUCGAGGCAGCUCUAAAAUCGGUAGAUGAUCACUUGUUACCACCACAGCCUCUUGACGAAGAUUCUCCAACGCUUAUGAUCAGCACAGCUGAUAAGGCAACGAGUCAUAGGAUUAAUCAGCUAUCAUCUACCCAUCAUCAUUACUCUUAUAGCAGCGUAAGCAUAGAUGGCAUUGGACUUGAGAGGUUUCAUGUAGAUAUUGAUAGUAUGUCGUUUGAAAGUGCAAGUUUGAGGUGUUUAGAAACAAGUAUUAGCUUGGAUGAGGGUUUUAGCAUCGAUCAUCCGGUAGUUGUUUAGGUCGUGUGGUCGGGUGUGUUAAGAAGCCUUAAUUUAUGUUCAGACAUGACAACUAUGUAGGAUCUAUAAGUUACUACUUAUGAAAAUAGAGCCAAAAAAUGAGUUACUACGAUUA